AUGUCUCCUAUCACGAAAGUUGCCUUGGUGGGGGCCGGCGGGAACCUUGGACCAGCCAUCCUCGACAAGCUCAUCGAGCACUGCUUCCAAGUCACGGUCCUGAGCCGGAUCGGCAGCGUCCACACUUUUCCUCCGUCCAUACAGGUCCACCACGUCGAUUACAGCUCGCAGGCCUCCCUCACAAAUGCCCUUCGCGGGCAAGACGCUGUCGUCUCAGCCUUGUCUCCCCGCGCCCUAGACCACCAGCUCAUCAUCAUCGAUGCUGCAGUUGCUGCCGGUGUCCGACGCUUGAUCCCCUCUGAGUUUGGCUCCGACACGAGCAAUCCCAAAUGCGCAACUCUGCCGGUAUAUCACUCUAAAAUCGAGACCCAAAAUACCCUGAAGGGUACGCCCAGCCUUACGUACACAGUCAUUUGCACCGGACCAUUUCUGGACUGGGGCCUGACUCGAGGCUUUAUGGACAUCCAGAGCAGGCGAGUUACGUUGUACGAUGGCGGUGAUCGCGUCUUUAGCACCACGACGCUUUCCACCAUCGGUCGAGUUGUCUGCGCGGUGCUGGCACAUCCUGGGAAAACGGAGAACCGUGUGAUCCGCGUGCAUGACAUCGCCACGACGCAAAAUAACCUGCUAGCAAUAGCACAGAAGGCCGUCGGCCCGGACGAUUGGACAGUCCAUCGGUGUUCGGUGGAUGACAUGCACGAACAAUCCUGGGCGGCUUUUAAACAGGGAAAGCGUGAUAUGCAGACUAUGCUGGGAUUCAUCGUGACUGCUGCCUGGGGGAAAGGGUAUGGUGGUCAUUUUAUCCAAACGGAGAACGAGAUGCUGGGAAUUCCUGAAAUGACAGAAGCGGAUCUUCAAGAGGUGGUAGGCCAGCUGGCUAGGAAAUAG